AUGUUGUUUAAAAAAAAGAAAAAGAAAUGAAAAGACUGAGAGCACUAAACACACUCUCUCUACUCUUUCUCUCCGUUUCACUAUCCUCCAUUACACUCAUUCAUUCAUUCACAUUGCUCUAGUUCAGGUUCUUCUCUAUCUUCUGAAUUUCAAGUGUUUUUCAGAGAAUUGGCAGUGAAUGAGCUGAGGAUGUGGUGGUGUUGGUGGUAGUUACAACCACGGAGGGGAUCUGCGGCAUUUACAUCCCACCGAGGUUCGAAUUUCAGGCGUCCGUCCUGCAAGGAGGGUAAACUGUCUUAUUGGUGGUGCAAAUGUCAAAGUCUCCCUCUGCUGAACAACGGCGGUCGAUUUAUUCUGCUUCUCAACCCAUGGAAUUCGAUGAGGAAACAGGAAUGGACGAUCCAGAAUCUACAAUGGCAACAGUUGCUAAUUUUUUGGAGCAGCUGCAUGCCAACUUGUCGUCACCACCUGAGAAAGAACUUAUUACAGCACGCUUGUUAGGCAUUGCCAGUAGAAGAAAGGAUGCCAGAGCACUUAUUGGUUCUCAUGCUCAAGCCAUGCCAUUGUUUGUAAACAUUCUCCGAAGUGGAACCCCUCUUGCAAAAGUUAAUGUUGCUUCUACUCUCAGUGUCCUGUGCAAAGAUGAAGACUUGAGGUUAAAAGUACUUCUUGGUGGCUGUAUCCCACCAUUGCUGUCACUUUUAAGACAUGAAUCCGCUGAUGCUCGGAAGGCAGCAGCGGAAGCAAUAUAUGAAGUUUCCGCUGGUAGUCUUUCAGAUGAUCACGUGGGUAUGAAAAUUUUUACUACAGAAGGUGUAGUUCCAACCUUAUGGAAUCAACUAAAUCCGAAAAACAGGGAAGACAAAGUUGUCGAGGGUUUUAUCACUGGAGCAUUGAGAAAUCUUUGUGGCGACAAAGAUGGCUAUUGGAAAGCAACAUUAGAAGCUGGAGGUGUGGAUAUUAUUGUGGGUCUCUUGUCUUCAGAUAAUGCUGUUUCUCAGUCAAAUGCUGCUUCUUUAUUGGCACGCUUAAUGCUUGCUUUUAGUGAUAGCAUCCCCAAAGUAAUAGACUCUGGAGCAGUAGAAGCUUUACUUCGACUUGUUGGUCAAGAAAAUGAUAUUUCUGUGAGAGCUAGUGCUGCUGAUGCCUUAGAGGCCCUUUCUUCCAAGUCUACUACGGCUAAAAAGGCUAUUGUUAGUGCAGAUGGGGUUCCAAUCCUUAUUGGAGCUAUAGUUGCUCCUUCUAAAGAGUGUAUGCAAGGCAAUGGUGGCCAAUUGUUGCAAGAACACGCAACUCGAGCUUUAGCCAACAUUUAUGGUGGCAUGUCUGCUUUAAUACUAUAUCUCGGAGAACUUUCCCAUUCUUCUCGCCUUUCUGCACCAGUUGGUGAUAUAAUUGGUGCUCUUGCUUACACACUCAUGGUCUUUGAGGAAAAACUUGAUGUCGAUGAGGAACACAUUGAUGCAACUCAGAUUGAAGAUAUUCUAGUAAGUCUUCUAAAGCCUCGAGAUAACAAACUUAUUCAAGAGCGUGUCCUUGAGGCCAUGGCUAGCCUCUAUGGAAAUGUCUGUCUCUCGAAGUGGCUCAUUCAAGCAGAUUCAAAGAGGGUUCUUAUUGGACUUAUAACGAUGGCUGCCCCUGAUGUGCAAGAGUAUCUGAUACUUUCAUUGACAAGCUUGUGUUGUGAUAAGACUGGAAUAUGGGAGGCCAUUAAAAAACGAGAAGGUAUCCAAUUACUGAUAUCAUUGGUGGGUUUAUCGAGCGAGCAGCAUCAAGAGUACUCAGUUCAGUUGCUAGUAAUCUUAACUGACCAGGUUGAUGACAGCAAGUGGGCAAUUACUGCGGCUGGAGGGAUUCCACCAUUGGUGCAGUUGUUGGAGACAGGAUCACAGAAAGCAAAAGAGGAUGCAGCUAAUGUUCUGUGGAGUUUGUGCUGUCACAGUGAAGAUAUUCGUGCUUGUGUUGAAAGUGCUGGAGCCAUCCCCGCAUUUUUGUGGCUUCUUAAGAGUGGUGGACCGAAAGGACAAGAAGCUUCUGCUAUGGCACUCACAAAGCUCGUCCGCAUAGCUGACUCUGCCACUAUUAAUCAGCUAUUAGCAUUGCUCCUAGGGGACUCUCCAAGCUCAAAGGCCCAUAUAAUUCGAGUUUUAGGUCAUAUACUUUCUCUGGCUUCACAAAAAGAUCUCCUUCAAAAUGGUUCUGCAGCUAAUAAAGGCCUGAGAUCUCUUGUUCAGAUUCUCAACUCAUCAAAUGAGGAAACCCAAGAACAUGCAGCUUCUGUCCUAGCUGAUUUAUUUAUCACAAGACAAGACAUUUGUGAUAGUCUCGCAACUGAUGAGAUUGUGUUUUCUUGCAUGAAGCUUUUGACUAGCAAAACUCAGGCUGUUGCCACUCAGUCUGCCAGAGCAUUAAGUGCUCUGUCCCGUCCAACAAAGAGCAAAGCUGCAAAUAAGAUGUCUUAUAUUUUAGAGGGUGACGUUGAGCCACUAAUCAAGUUAGCUAAAACAUCAUCUGUUGAUGCUGCCGAAACUGCUGUUGCUGCAUUGGCCAAUCUUCUCUUUGAUCCUUUUAUUGCUGCUGAGGCUCUAGCCGAAGAUGUUGUUUCAGCUCUAACAAGAGUUCUGGCAGAAGGAACCUUGGAAGGUAAACAAAAUGCAUCUCGUGCACUUCAUCAAUUAUUGAAGCAUUUUCCAGUCAGCGACGUUCUCAAGGGGAAUGCUCAAUGUCGUUUCACUGUGCUUGCACUUGUUGAUUCAUUAAGAGCUAUGGAUAUGGAUGGAACUGAUGCUGCAGAUGCUUUAGAAGUAAUUGCACUGCUAGCCAGGACUAAACAGGGUAUCAACUUCACUUACCCUCCAAGAUCUGCUUUGGCUGAAAAACCAUCAAGCUUAGAAUUUCUCGUCUGCUGCCUUACUGAUGGGCCCUCCCCUGUGCAAGACAAGGCAAUUGAAAUUCUGUCUAGACUUUGCGGAGAUCAGCCGGCUGUUCUUGGUGAUUUGUUAUUUGCCAGUUUUAGAUCGGUUGGUUCAUUAGCUAAUAGAGUAAUAAACUCCUCCAGUUUAGAAGUAAAAGUUGGAGGGGCUGCCUUACUAAUUUGUGCAGCAAAGGAGAAGAAAGAGCUUUCAAUGGAUUCACUUGACACUUCUGGGUAUCUGAAACCAUUAAUAUAUUCGUUAGUUGAUAUGGUGAAGCAGAGUUGUAGUUGUUCUUCAUUAGAUAUUGCAGUUCUCACUUAUGGAGGUUUUAUGGAGAGAAAUGCAUUUCAAGAAGUUGAUGAGUUUGAUAUCCCUGAUCCAGCCACAGUCUUGGGAGGUACUGUUGCCCUCUGGUUGCUCUCAGUUAUUGCUUGUUUUCAUAUGAAGAGCAAGCUCACAAUUAUAGAAGCUGGUGGACUAGAAGCUCUAUGUAACAAACUUGCUAGACAUACUUCAAAUCCUCAGGCAGAAUAUGAGGAUACAGAAGGAAUUUGGAUCACGGCCUUGCUUUUGGCGGUUUUGUUUCAAGAUGCAGACAUCAUUCUAUCUCCUGCAACUGUGCGCAUCAUACCUUCUAUUGCUCUUCUGCUAAGAUCUGAUGAAAUCGUUGAUAAAUAUUUUGCUGCCCAGGCUAUGGCUAGUCUUGUUUGUCAUGGUAAUAAGGGAAUAGAUCUUGCCAUUGCAAAUUCAGGAGCCAUUGCUGGAUUGAUAACCAUUAUUGGGCAUGUAGAGUCAGAUAUGCCCAAUCUAAUAGAUUUACAAGAAGAAUUUUGUUUGGUGCGAAACCCGGAUCAAAUUGUUUUGGAUCACCUUUUUGAAAUUGAAGAUGUGAGAUUGGGAUCUGCUGCCCGGAAAUCUAUACCCCUCUUAGUGGAUCUCUUGAGACCAAUACCAGAAAGGCCUAGUGCUCCACCAGUUGCUGUUAGGCUCUUGAUAUGCAUUGCAGAUGGAAGUGAUACAAAUAAACUAAUGCUGGCUGAAGCUGGAGCUCUUGAAGCUUUGAACAAAUACCUGUCCUUGAGCCCUCAAGACUCGACUGAGACUGCCAUUUCCGAGUUGUUGAGAAUAUUAUUUUGCAACUCUGACCUUAUUAAACAUGAAGCAUCAAUAAGUUCAUUGAACCAACUCAUAGCUGUUUUGCGUCUUGGAUCAAGAAAUGCUAGAUAUAGUGCAGCAAGAGCAAUUAGUGAACUUUUUGAUGCUGACAACAUUAGAGACUCAGAAUUAGCUAAACAGACCAUUCAGCCAUUAGUUGACAUGCUUAACACAACAUCAGGGAGUGAACAAGAGGCUGCUCUCAUGGCUUUGAUCAAGUUAACUUCAGGAGAUUCUUCAAAAGCAUGUCUUUUUGCUGAAGUAGAAGGAAACCCACUUGAAAGUUUAUUCAGUGUAUUGUCUUCUGCUUCAUCCCUGGAACUGAAAAGCCAGGCUGCACAACUCUGCUUUACUCUUUUCGGUAAUAGCAAGACCAGAGCAAAUCCAGUUGCCUCAAAAUGCCUAGAACCCCUUAUCUCACUGAUGCAGUCUAGCUCUGGGACAGCAAUAGAAUACGGGAUUUGCGCUGUUGAGAGACUGUUAGAAGAUGAACAACAGGUAGAGCUUGCAGCAGCCUUUAAUGUUGUGGAUCUCAUUGUCAGCUUGGUUUCUGGUACAAACUAUCAGCUUAUUGAGGCUGCCAUAUCUGCUCUCAUCAAAUUAGGAAAAGACAGGACUCCAAGCAAACUAGACAUGGUCAAAGCCGGCAUUAUUGGUAAUUGUCUCAAGCUACUCCAAUCAGCACCUAGCUCAUUAUGCUCCACAAUAGCUGAGUUGUUUCGCAUUUUGACAAACAGUAAUGCAAUUGCUAGAAGUUCGGAUGCUGCAGAAAUUGUAGAACCCCUUUUCUAUGUUUUGCUCCGUCGAGAUUUCGACUUAUUGGGACAGCAUAGUGCCUUACAAGCACUUGUAAAUAUAUUGGAGAAGCCACAAAGUCUUGCAACUUUAAAGCUUACUCCUAGCCAAGUCAUUGAACCCUUGAUUUCCUUUCUGGAAUCCGAAAACCAAGCUAUCCAGCAGCUUGGCACAGAAUUAUUAUCUCAUCUUCUUGCUCAGGAACAUUUUCAGCAAGAUAUUACAACAAAGAAUGCAGUUGUGCCCCUUGUACAGCUUGCAGGAAUUGGAAUAUUAAACUUACAGCAAACAGCAAUAAAAGCAUUGGAAAAAAUUUCGACAAGCUGGCCAAAGGCCGUUGCUGAUGCAGGAGGUGUUUUUGAGCUUGCAAAAGUUAUUAUUCAAGAUGACCCUCAACCACCACACGCACUUUGGGAGUCAGCUGCCUUAGUUCUCUCUAAUGUAUUACGUUCCAAUGCUGAUUACUAUUUUAAAGUUCCUGUGGUAGUUCUUGUGAAACUCUUGCACUCAACACAUGAGAGUACAAUUAGCAUAGCCCUUAAUGCUUUAAUAGUUCAUGAAAGAAGCGAUGCCUCGAGUGCUGAACAGAUGGUGGAAGCUGGAGCUAUAGAUGUUCUGUUGGACCUCUUAAGAUCUCAUCAAUGUCAAGAAGAAUCUGGUAGAUUACUUGAAGGGUUAUUUAACAAUGGGAGAGUACGGAAGAUGAAGAUAUCUAAGUAUGCUAUAGCGCCUUUAUCCCAGUAUCUUUUAGAUCCACAAACCAGAUCACAGUCUGGCAAGCUUCUUGCUGCUUUAGCUCUGGGAAAUAUUUCGCAGCAUGAAGGACAUGCUAGAGCUAGUAACUCUGUAUCUGCAUGUCGUGCAUUGAUAAGUAUACUUGAAGAUCAGCCAACUGAAGAAAUGACGAUGGUGGCUAUAUGCGCAUUGCAAAACUUUGUCAUGAACAGCAGGACAAAUAGACGAGCUGUUGCGGAAGCUGGGGGCAUACUGGUGAUUCAGGAAUUGCUAAUGUCUCCAAAUACUGACAUUGCUGGACAAGCAGCGUUACUGAUCAAAUUUUUGUUUUCUACCCACACGCUACAAGAAUAUGUGUCAAAUGAGUUGAUUAGAUCUUUGACAGCUGCUCUGGAAAGAGAGUUGUGGUCAACUGCCACUAUCAAUGAGGAGGUUUUGAAAACUUUGCAUGUGAUGUUCAUGAACUUCCCUAAGCUCCACAUAUCUGAAGCAGCAACCCUUUGCAUUCCUCAUUUAGUAGGGGCACUUAAAUCUGGUGGUGAAGUGGCUCAGGACUCUGUACUUGACACCUUUUGCUUGCUUAAACAAUCUUGGUCAACCAUGCCAAUAGAAAUAGCAAAGUCUCAAGCUAUGAUUGCUGCUGAAGCUAUCCCCAUCUUGCAAAUGCUCAUGAAAACCUGCCCACCAAGUUUCCACGAGAGAGCAGAUACUCUUCUGCACUGUUUACCAGGUUGUUUGACUGUCAUCAUUAAGCGUGGAAGCAACCUCAAGCAAACCAUGGGAAGCACUAAUGCAUUCUGCCGGUUAACUUUAGGCAAUUCUCCACCGAAACAAACCAAGGUUGUGAAUCAUAGUACUUCUCCUGAAUGGAAAGAAGGAUUCACAUGGUCAUUCGAUGUACCUCCAAAGGGCCAAAAGCUUCAUAUAGUAUGCAAAAGCAAGAAUACUUUUGCGAAGGCAACUCUCGGAAGAGUCACUAUCCAAAUUGAUAAAGUUGUGACUGAAGGUGUUUAUAGCGGAUUAUUCAGUCUUAAUCAUGAUCGCAACAAAGAUGGUUCUUCCCGAACCCUUGAAAUUGAGAUCGUAUGGUCCAACAGGAUUUCUAACGAUGACAUUUGAGACAUGUAGCGAGCUGCUUUUCCAGAUGGAAGCAUAGAAAGUGCUCUGCAGCAUGCUUCAUAUGUUGGACAUGGUUUUGCUUAUAAAUUAUCAACAUAUUGGAAGAUCCAAUUUUGUAGGCUGGCAGAUGAAGUUUCUUCGUUGUAAGUGUAAAUUAAAUUAUUAAUGUCAUGGGAUGGGGAAAGCGUUCGAGAAGGAGGUUUCUCCGGCUAAGGAAAAUAAGAAAAAGAUAUGUUCAGAAUUGUACAGGUUAGUCCAUAGGAAUUAUAAGCUUGAAUCAUAUGAAGAAAUACCAUUUUAAUUAAAUUUAUGUCAAAAGUUUUUCUUAUUUAGUUGCUGAUGUUUGUAAGAUGUUGGAACAUACACUAGCUAAUGUUGUAAAGUGGCUUUGUUUAUGCUUGCAAACCACAAGAAGAUACACCCACAAGUAUGCCAUUUUCCACUUCUGUAGGGAGCAUGUUUUUUGUGCAAAGUAUUGGCUCCCAACCAAAAUCAUUUUAUA